AUGUUAACAUAUCGAAUAAUUCGUUUAUUAACUAAUAAUUCAGUAAGACGAAUCGUACAGUAUCCUUCUUCUUAUAGAUUAUUUAGUACGAAAAUACAACAAAAUAAUCAAAUAAAAUUAAAAUCUAUUAAUGAUACACAUGCAACUUUACUUAUAAAUGAUAAAGAAACGAAAUACGAUUGGAUAUUUUUACGAGAUUCUUGUCAGUGUGAUCAAUGUAUUGAUUCAUCAACGAAACAAAAACUAUAUAAUACUACAGAUAUACCAUUAACAAUUUCUCCACAACAUCAAGGUUUUAAUAUAUUAAAUAAUAAUAGUGUUGAAAUAAUCUGGAAUCAGUCAUUAUUAAAUCAAACAGAUACGAAUGUACAUCGUAGUUUAUAUUCAAAUGCCUGGUUACAAACAUAUUCAUCAUCAAAAAAUAUUGCUCAUGCAAGAUAUCAUGAUCGUUCUCCUAUUUAUUGGAAUCGAAAUACUAUUCAACAAGUAAAUUUACAUGUUAAAUGUGAUGAUUAUUUAAAUUCCGAUGAAGGACUUUAUACUGUAUUAAAACAUCUCAAUGAUUAUGGUCUUGUUUUUAUUGAUAAUGUUCAUGGUGAAUUUACUGUUGAACGUCUUACAGAAAGAAUUGGUUCAAUUCGUCAUAGUUUCUAUGGUAAAUCAUGGGAUGUUAAAAGUAUGAAACAAGCUAUUAAUGUAGCUUAUACAUCACAAGCACUUGGACUUCAUAUGGAUUUAUUAUAUUUUGAAGCACCACCAGGUUUACAAUUUUUACAUUCAUUAGCCAAUAGUGUUAACGGUGGUGCAGCCUAUUAUGUUGAUUCAUUUCAUGCAGCAAAUAUUCUUCGUCAAAAUAAUUUACAAGCUUUUGAAAUGCUUUGUUCAUAUCCAGUUACUUUUCAUUAUCGAAAUAUUGAUCGACAUUAUCAUUUUACACGUUCAACUAUUGUAUUAAAUAAAUAUUUGUCUGAUAAUCCUAUUGAUCAUAUUAAUUAUUCACCACCAUUUCAAGCUCCAUUUGAGAGCGAUACUUCAAAGCCGGAAUUUCGACAAUUUAUUCAAGCUUUACAAUAUUUUCGUGAUUUAUUAGAAGAUCGAAAUAAUCAAUUAGAAUUAGUUUUAGAAAAAGAUCAAUGUGUUAUAUUUCAUAAUCGUCGAGUUCUUCAUGCAAGACGUGAAUUUGAUACAGCAACUGGUAAUCGAUGGUUAAAAGGAUGCUAUACAGAUUUAGAUAAUUUUAAAGAUAGAUUAAGAAUUUAUCGAGAAAAAUUUCAAUCUUAA